GUACCCGAAACUCCCUGGUUACAGGCAUUUAUCUGCUCUCCUCCCCAAACAACAACCUCAUCCUUAACUUGCGACUUGCAACUACACAACCACGAAUACAGAAAGAAACAAGAAAUCGAGAAAAACAAGACGAACAGUAUCUACAGUAAUAGAACAGAUAUCUCUGCGAUCCCUACGUACCAUACCAUCGCCGUGCCUGCGCGAUCCUCAGGUCAGAGCUUCUUCGACAUGUCCGAGCCCGUCCCGCUAUGGCUGGACUGUGAUCCGGGCCAUGAUGACGUCUUCGCCAUCCUGCUCGCCGCCUACCACCCGGGCAUCCGGUUGCUCGGCAUCAGCACGGUGCACGGCAACGCCUCGCUCGACCAGACGACGCGCAACGCGCUGUCGAUCCUCGCCGCUAUCGGCAAGGACCGCGACGUCGCCGUGUACCCGGGCGCGGCGAGGGCGCUGCUGCGGCAGCCCGUGCACGCCGUCGACAUCCACGGCGAGUCGGGGCUCGACGGGACGGAGCUGCUGCCGGCGCCGCGGUCGGCCGCCGCGACCGACGCGAGCGCCGUCGACGCCGCCGCCGCCGCCCUGCGGUCCUGCGCGCCGGGCACCGCCUGGGUGGCCGCGACGGGCGCGCUGACCAACGUCGCCGCGCUGUUCGCCGCGCACCCGGACCUGCGGGCGCACCUCGCCGGCGUCAGCGCGAUGGGCGGCAGCGUUGGCGGCGGCUUCACCGACGCCGUCAUGGGCACCGUCGACGGCGUCUCGCGCAUCGGCAACUACACCCCCUGGGCCGAGUUCAACGUGCUCAUCGACCCCGAGGCCGCCGCCGCCGUGCUGCAGGACCCCCUGCUCGCCCCCAAGACAACGCUCGUCCCCCUCGACCUGACGCAUCUCGUGCUCGCUACCAAGGACGUCCAGGACCUGCUACUGUACGGGCCGCCGGACGACGGAGAGAGCGGCAAAGGCCACCCGCGCGAGGGCAGAGGCAAGUCGGAUCUGAGGGUGAUGCUGGUGGAGUUGUUGAAUUUUUUUGCUACCACAUACCGCGACGUAUUCGGCAUCACGGAAGGACCGCCGCUGCACGACCCGCUGGCGGUGGCGGCGGUGCUGGUCGGCACGGACCACGAGAUCCCGUUCUACGACUACGACGACGCGGCGCGGGCGGACGCGCGCGAGCGCUUCGCCGUCGAGGUGGUGACGGAGGGCACGCUCGAGGACGCGCGCGACCGCGGCGCCCAGACCGGCCGCACGCUCGUCCGCCCCCUGCCCCCCGGCGUCCCCGGCGUCCGCAUCCCCCGCGGCCUCGACAUCCCGCGCUUCUGGCGCGAGGUCGAGGCGUGCUGCCAGCGCGCCGACGAGGCGAACGCCGGCGCCCUGGCGGCUGCGAAGGAGUAGAGGGCGGUCCUCGCGUCUCUACGGGAGGGGGCGAGAGAAGAACGGGGAGGGCACAUGAUGGCGGUAACGCGCGGAGAAGCAGAGGUCAGACCGAUUAGACAGACACGCCUCCACGCGCCGGCAUGCGAUGGGCGCGCGGCGCCGGGUAGACAGGUGGCUGGCUGGUUGGGUGGCGCAUGGGUGCGUCUAGAGCGUAUCCCUUGCUGGACCUUCGACGACAAA